AUGGUUGCAACCGCGUAUAAAGACUUGCUGAUCAGACAAAUCCUGGAAGAUGCUGGACUUAUCGACAAACCUGAUGCACAUGAGCUAGGACAGGACGAUUCUAGGCAACGUCGAAUUGAUCAAGGAGACAGAAAGAAACUGUUAGAUAUGAAGCGUGAAGCUAGGAAUAUGGAGAAAACGCGAAAAGUCUUGCGAGCCGAUAAGCACUUUGACUCGAUUCUUAAUGAAAAAGAAGAAGAAGAUUUAGAAAACGAAGAGGACCCUAUGAAAGCUGAUGUGAAAACCGUUGAGUUCCUUUUAAGUUACAAACAAAGAGAUGUGGAGCUUAUUCGUCGCACCCAUAAAUUCAGACGGAAGGAUGCAGAAGUGGGUUAUAUAUACAUAAUUCGGUUUUCAUUUUCUAUUCAAACUCUGAUAAGAGUGGUCAUUGCAGCUGGUCUAUAUCCACAGUAUACUGUCCCUGAUCCAAUGAACAAGUAUCAGCACGGUCAAGAACUUUUCGUUCAUACUCGGAUGAAGCCGUUCAGUCUCAUACAUCCAAAUUCUUCCAUUGCACAGUAUCAUGCAGAAUCGCUGGAUGCACGUGCUGACAAUGAGGGACGUUCG